AUGGGGGAGCCGCCGCGGCGGCCGCGGUCGCUGUUCCUGGCCGGGCUGGCCGCCGCCUACCUCGCCGCCUUCGCCUCGCUCUACGUCCAGAUCCCCGGGCUGUACGGGAGAGAUGGCAUCCUGCCAGCGCGCAAAGUGCUGCGCCUCAGCGGGAAGGGGCUGUGGGAGCAACUACGGGAUUUUCCCACCCUAUUGUGGCUCAGUCCCCACCUGGGUUUGGAUACGGAGCUGGGAAUGGAGCUGCUCUGCCUCCUCGGCGUGCUCGCCUCCUUCGGCGCCUUGCUGUUCGAGCCCCUGCGGGACAGCCUGCUCUUCGCCCUGCUCAGGGUGCUCUAUCUCUCACUCUACCAGGUGGGGCAGGUCUUCCUCUACUUCCAGUGGGACAGUCUCCUGCUGGAAGCGGGAUUCCUGGCGGUGUUGGUGGCCCCCCUGCACCUGCUGAAGUGGCGAUCCACGGCCUGGCGCGCCCACGACGGCGUCACCUUCUGGCUGGUGCGCUGGCUCCUCUUCCGGCUGAUGUUCGCCUCCGGUGUGGUGAAGCUGACCAGCCGCUGCCCCACCUGGUGGGGGCUCACAGCUCUCACCUAUCACUACGAGACCCAGUGCAUCCCCACGCCGGGCGCCUGGUUCGCCCACCAGCUGCCUGUCUGGUUCCAGAAAUUCAGUGUGGUGGCCACCUACGUCAUUGAGAUCGCCAUCCCGCUCCUCUUCUUUGCACCCAUCCGCCGCCUCCGGCUCUUCGCCUUCUACAGCCAGGUCCUGCUGCAGGUACUCAUCAUCCUCACGGGUAACUACAACUUCUUCAACAUGCUCACCAUCGUCCUGGCCUUCUCCCUGCUGGACGAGGAGCACGUGGGGCGCUGGCUGGGGCGCAGCAAGAGGAAGCACACCAGCGCCUGGCCCCCCAGCCUGCGGGCCGUCCUCUCCACCUUGCUGGAGCUGAGCGCCUACGGCUUCCUGCUGUACUGGAGCGUCCAGUCCUUCGGCCUGGAGAUCAACUGGGAGAAGAGGCUCCUGGACUCCAAAGUGGCCUUCACCUAUCAUGAGUUCACGACGUGGCUGCGGGCGGUGACCCUGCCGCUGGUGGGGCUGGGCUUCCUCUCGCUCUCCUGGGAGAUCCUCUCUGCCAUGUACAGGUGUGCCUGUGUCCGCGGCUGCUUUUGGAAGCUCUGGGCUACGCUGCAGUGGGCUGUCUUCGCCACAGCAACCAUGGGGAUGUUUGCCAUCAGCUUGGUGCCCUUCACCUACAUUGACUACGAGUCCAACGGCAAGUUGUGGCCCGGCAUCCACCAGAUGUUCAACGCGGUCGAACGCUUCCAGGUGGUGAACUCCUACGGGCUCUUCCGCAGGAUGACGGGCGUCGGGGGGCGGCCCGAGGUGGUCCUGGAAGGCAGCUACGACAAGCAGAUCUGGACGGAGAUCGAGUUCAUGUACAAGCCCGGGAACGUCAGCGCGGCCCCCCCCGUGGUCGCCCCACACCAGCCGCGCCUCGACUGGCAGAUGUGGUUCGCAGCCCUGGCCCACCACAGCAGCAGCCCCUGGUUCACCAGCUUCGUCUACCGCCUGCUGCAGGGCAAGGAGGACGUGAUCCGCCUGGUGCAGGUCGAUGAGUCCCGGUACCCCUUCAGCACCCAGCCCCCUGUCUAUAUCCGCGCCCAGCUCUACAAGUACUGGUUCACCGGCAGCGCCGAGGGCAGCCAGGGCCCUGCGCCGUGGUGGCGGCGGCAGCACGUGCAGGAGUUCUUCCCCACCGUCUCCCUGGGCGACCCCACGCUGGAGAGCCUGCUCAACCAGCACGGGCUGAAGGACAAGACGCUGCCGAAGCGCUCGGCGGACGCCCUCCUGCCCCGGCUGCUGCGGUCCCUCCGCCAGCUCAGCCGCCCCUUCUCCGGCCCCACCGUCCUCUGGUCCCUGUACCUGGUGGCGGCCACCAUCUGCCUCCUGCGGGCCCUGCGCCGCCGGCCCCGGGGGGGUGCACCCCCCGCCCGCCACAAAGGCCCCAGGCGGGGGGAGCCUGCGGACCGAGGGGGCGGCGAGAAGAACGGGCAGGUGCGGAGGAAGGAGGCCAAAGAAACGGAGGAGAAAGGUGAGGGCCGGGCCCGGGGGGCGGCCGACGGCCACGGCGAUGGCCUCCGCAGCACCAGGAAGAAGAAGUAG